AUUGUAGCCCCCUUGUUGAGGGGGGCAUACAUAAGUGAGCCUCAAUAACCACCCAGUCAACGCGGGUCAAAUAUUUUACUAACAGAUUGGGGCGGGCUUUUGUGGGGUUCGCUUCUAUAGAUACUGUUGAAGGGGGCUUUUGAUUGCCCGCCUCAAUAGACACUAGUCUAAAGGGGCGGGCUUAUGUUUGUUCGCUUCAACAGGUCUUCACAAUCUACUGCGUUUUAAUUCUAUCUCCUCCUCAUUUCAUCUGUUUCAUUUCUCUCUCUUCUCUUCGCUCUCCUCUCUCCUCUCUCCUCUCUCUCCUGGUUCAAAACUCCUCAAACCCGCUAUUUCGUCAACAAAUCGGGCUACCUCUCCUCACAGUCGUUGGCUUCCAUGGAAGCUUUUCCUCCGCCUUCCAUGGAAGAGUUACAAAGCUAGGGUAUCUCCGCGACCUCUCUCCCUCGACUCUUCAAACUCGUCGAUUUGUCUCCCUCCUCAAGCUAGGGUAUAUCGAUUCGACCGUCAUCUACUUAGCAUUCUCGAGGAAGACGGCGUCGUUCUCCAAAUGAGGUAACUCUUUCAUCUCUCUCCAUCUCUCCUGCAUUCUUCAAUUCUUUUAGGUUUUUGAUUUUUCAUAUUAUUUUUUAUUAACUUUUUUGAUUUAUAAUUUAGGUUUUUGAUUAUUUUUGUUGAUUUUAACGAUUUUUUAUUUUCUAACGGGAGGUGCGGCUCGGGUUUCGGUAGGUCGUGGGUGGUCGGAUGAGGCGACGCAAGCAAGGUGAUGGCUUGCUGGUGGCUCUGAUCUUGCGGUGCUAUAUAUCCAAGUCCUGCAGCAUCUAAAGCUGAGUUAUAUGUAGUCAUGACCAGUAUGGUUUAUUUCAGGAUCACAACCAUGCUCAAUGUGGAAUUACAGAGUGUAGUAAACUGAAGGAUUUGAAGACUGCAUUUCUGACAGAUGACGCAACAACAAUUUGUUUAGAGAUUCUGGAGAAAGGAGAUCUUCAAGUUGCAGGGAAAGAAAGGGAGGCUCAAUUGUCACUUCAGUUUCGUGAUAUUGCCACCAUUGUCAUGGAAAACACCAUUAAUCCUGACACGAAACGCCCUUACUCGAUAACUAUGAUCGAACGUUUGAUGCAUGACAUCCAUUUUGCUGUUGAUCCUUAUAACAGUUCCAAAAAGCAGGCACUAGAUGUUAUUCACCGGCUUGUAAAGAAAUUUCCCAUCAAAAGAUCUCCAAUGAGACUUCGACUUACUGUUGGUGAGAAGAAUUUUUCCACUAUAUUGGAGAAGCUAGGCACUUGGAAUGGUGAGAUUGUGACUAUGGAUGAAUCUGGAACUCAAUUUUCAGUUGAUGACCAGAAGAUGGCAGCAAGGUUGGCUAACACAAUGUGCAAUUCACUUAAAGGAAGACCUGCCCUGGGUCGUAUUUUCCAAGGAAAGGAGCCACCUCAAUUUGUUGCUAUAUUUCAGCCUAUGGUUGUGCUAAAGGUACUUGCAGGGAUCGAGUCGAUUGGAAUUAGAAAGUCAACACGGCCUUAAUUAAGGUUUGUAAUGCAUGAUCUAAAGGGAGCUAAGUGGCCGGAUUAGAGAAAUUUGUUAGACUAGCUCUCUAGCCUUUUGUCUUUAUUUGUUAAUAUUAGUGUUAAUUUGUUAGACUAGCUAGCUAGGUGUUUAAAAAUUGUAAACGUACGUACUAUACGCUUUUCUCUAUUGGGUUAAUAUAAAUGAAGUUAAUUUCAUGAUUUAUUAAUAAAAAUAAGCAGAUUCAUACAUUUGCUAUUCUGGUGU